AAAACAUUUAAUCUGAAGGAAGUAAAUUUCUUAAUUAAGUGCUUAUAUCCAUCUCAUAAACUCCUGAAAACAGCAUAAACCUACGUUUAAAAUGCCAAUGAAUUGACGACACAUAUUAGUUUCAUACAUUUCAUUCAAUAAAACGUGAAAAAUGAAAAAGGCGAUAAUUUUUCUCAUGUUUUAUGGCUUAAUAAAGUGCUCUAAAUUAGAAGAUGGCUAUUGUGCUCCUUAUGCUGGAAAGAUUUGUAAAUCAUAUAUUAAGAACUUCCAAGUGUGGUAUCCCUCGAACGGUGGAUGGGAGAAUGAGAAGAUAGCUACUGGAUUAUUUAAGGAAUUAAUUGAGGAUUUAGAUCCUUUGUGUCAAAAACCAGCAGCAAAACUUUUGUGUGCCUAUGCCUUUCCCAGAUGCAAAUUAAUUGAUGGCACAAAUACUCCAUUGCCACUAUGCUAUGAAGACUGUAUUGCUGUUGAGAAAGUCUUUUGCUAUGAUAUUUGGGUCUUGUUAGAAGAAAAGAAGCAACGAGGAGAGAUACAGCUAAAGAGUAAAGGACAUUUUCGACUACCCAAAUGCAAUGACUUACCUCGGUAUAAUAAAACAUCCAAAGUACCAAAUUGCUCGUACAUGGGACUUGUGGAAAUGAAUCAAGCUGAAGUUACAUACGAUUGCCGCAUUGGAAAUGGCAAGCAUUAUUUAGGAACACAAAAUUAUACAGAAACUGGUGCUUCAUGUCAAAAAUGGACAUCUCAAACGCCCCAUAGUCACGAUACACCACCUCAUGUCUUUCCAGAACUUCUCGAUGCUGAAAAUUACUGUCGAAAUGUUGGUGGACAAAUGAAUCAGCCUUGGUGCUAUACCGAGGAUAAAUCAGUUCGAUGGCAGUUUUGUGAUAUCCCAUUGUGCCCUAAUUCCACUGAAAAUAUUGCAACAUUAGAUUUGAACAAUCCUAAAUUAGAAAUGGAAAAUGUCUUUACACCAAUGAUGAUAUUCAUAUUAGGAUCUAUUGGUUUAGUGACUAUUUUAAUAAUUCAUGUAUGCAUCCUCCUUGUUUAUCGUGUUUCUCGUUAUAAUAAACGUGAUCAUUCAUCUGCUGGCUUUACAGUCAUUACUCAAAAUGUAGACAUGAAUAAACUUCCUGCUAAUGCUAAUUAUCAUCAAACAGCUGCAAACUUAAAUCCAAAAUUAGAAAAGCUUGAAUAUCCAAGAAAUGACAUAAUUUAUAUUAAAGAUUUAGGACAAGGCGCUUUUGGACGUGUCUUUCAAGGCAAAGCUCCUCGUUUAGUUCCUGGCGAAGAGUUCACAUUAGUUGCUGUAAAAAUGCUGAAAGAUGAAGCUACAGAAGACAUGCAAUCUGACUUUGAACGCGAAGCUUGCUUACUUGCUGAAUUUGAUCAUCCAAAUAUUGUAAAAUUGUUGGGCGUCUGUGCUAUGGGACGUCCGAUGUGUUUGCUUUUUGAAUUUAUGGCUAGAGGGGAUCUCAAUGAAUUCCUUAGAUCUUGUUCUCCAGCUAUGAACACAUCAAAUCAAGUUAAAACGGGAGGAAAUACUAAGCAAUUGACGCAUCGUGAUUUAUUAGGAACCGCACUUCAAAUUGCCAAUGGAAUGGUUUAUUUAUCAGAAAGGAAGUUCGUUCAUCGCGAUUUAGCUACGAGAAAUUGCUUGAUCAAUGAGGAUAUGGUUGUCAAAAUUGCAGAUUUUGGAUUAUCACGCAAGAUUUACGGACAAGAUUACUACAAAGGAGGCGAAGAUGACGCUAUUCCGAUCCGUUGGAUGUGCUUGGAAAGCAUUUUGUACAAUAAGUAUACAAUUGAGAGUGACAUAUGGGCUUUUGGAGUCUGUUUAUGGGAAAUAUUCUCAUUUGCCAUGCAACCAUAUUUUGGAAUGACGCACGAGGAGGUCGUGAAGUUUAUCAAAGAUGGAAAUAUGUUGGGUUGUCCAGAAAAUUCUCCGUACUGUGUCUACAACUUGAUGAGACAAUGUUGGAACCGAAAGCCAGAACAACGACCAAAUUUCCACUUUAUACAGCAGAAUCUUCAUCAGAUUUGCUACGAUUACGAUUCUCGGGGAGGAUCUUAAAGGAACUAAUCUCUUCCAAAUUCGAUAUCUAUCAUUAUUUUUAACAAAGUCAUAUAUUUACCGAUUUUUACGAAAAUGACAAUUUAAGGAUUUUCUUAUAAACGUUUGUGCAUUUAUGUGUUAAGUUAUAUCAUACCAGUACUAAUAGAAUUAAUUCAUUUUAUAUCACGAGUGACAAUAGCUAUGACUGUUAUUAUAAGGACCACCAAAAUCCCCAAUUUAAUUUUUUUUUUACUCAAAAGAAUCUUAAAAAACCAAAGAAAAAUCUCAAAAAAGUAUUUUACCGAUCUCAAAUUACAUUAUUUUAGGCUAUAGCUUAUCAUUUCCAUUUUACACAUUUUGUGAGUCUAAUGAUCUAAAUUGAUUUUGUACAUCGAUUAAUGCUAAACGAUUUUGAUUUAUAUUUUAAGGAUUUUUGACUAAUCCAAAAAUUGCUUUAUUGAGUGAUUGCCAUAAAAACUUUUUUCAAAUUUAUUUUUAAAGUUUGAUUGAAAAUUUAGUGUUUUUUAUAAAGAAAAAAUUAAUAAUAUUGAUAAGAAGCAUGUAGCUGGACAUAUUCUCGAGGAGUUUAGAUUGUUUUCUUGUUUUUGAAUGGCUUUUAAGGUCUUUCUUGCAUUUAAAGCUGAUAGAUUCCAACGGAAAGUCAGUAACACCAAACUUAAAAGUUUUAACUAGAAAACAUUGACGUAAUUAUUAAGUGCUAUCAUCUAUUUACACCUAAAAGUUACGUGAAAAAGAUUGCAAUUUAAUUACCUUGUAUGAAUAGUCGUCCGUUAAGCUAUCAAAUAUGAAGAAUAACAGCUGAUUUUCCACAUACACAGUUAGUAAACGUGCGUAUGUUGGAAAAUUGAGCUAGAAAAGAUUCUUUUAAAAAUUCAUAGCAAUAAGAUAUUUUUGUAUUUUGCAUAAAUUUUGUGCAGAAAGAAAUUUCAAUAAAUGAAAAACUAUCAAGUAUAAAUCCCGG